GCCAGGAUGACAAUCGGAAACGAGGUUGCAUCGAGGCCCACCUGAUUUAGAAGCUUCGCCUGUUACAAAGUUCUGUACUCCCUGACCUCGACCUCAACCUCAUAUCCCGGUCACCCUUGAUCCAACCACUUCCCAGCUGCUUCCUCCAUGUUCGCUGAGUGAACCCUCACCGGCUGCGAUGAAACGCGGUCAUGUCUCUUGUACAGCAUGUCUCCUCAAUCUACGGGGUCGACCGGGAACCCGAACUCCAAGAUGAGAUCACCGAGCAGGGUUCCACCCUGGAGCAUAUGGUUCCCAUCGGUCGCAAUCUCAGCUACGAUCCCCUCCCUCAACCACCGUUGCCUCCGGUGGAUGUAACUGCCGUUCCACCUUACAAAGUCUCCGCUGCGAGACGAAUUGCCCAGGUUAUCGUUACGAUACUUGCAUGCUGGCUCGCCUCGGGAAUCGUCUUCGGCUUCGCGGCGCUCAAGCCGGUCUUGAUCGAAGAAGGCGUCUACCGCAGUUUAUGUACUGAAGAGGAACUGCGAGAUGGCGUCGAGGUUUGCCAUGAGCAGGACUUGAAACUGAAUAUGUUCUUCACCAUUGGUUCCAUCACAGCCAAUAUUUCCGCUCUCCCAGUCGGGGCGAUGCUUGACCGGUAUGGUUCUCGCGUCUGCGGAUUUGCCGGCUGUGCCUCUCUAGUGGCAGGUUGUUUGCUUAUGGCGUACACCUCCUCUGUGGACCAGUUUGAUGGCUACAUCAUUGGCAACUUCUUCCUUGCGUUGGGAGGCACUUUUGUCUUUGUCCCAUCGUUUCAGAUCGCCAACGCCUUCCCCAAAUAUGCGGGCACCAUCGUGGCCCUCGUUACGGGCGCUUUCGACGCCUCAGCUGCGGUGUAUCUAUUCUACCGCCUCCUGUACGAAGGGAGCCACCGGACGUUCUCUCUCCACAAGUUCUUCUUGAUCUAUCUGUUGGUCCCGGCGUUCAUUCUCGUGUCGCAUCUUACUAUCAUGCUGCCGGCGGACUAUCAAAACCUAUAUCAUCUCGAAAUCAAGAUCGAAAAAGCCGGAGACCCAACCCGGGACGUCCAUGAUUCCGACGAUGAAAUCGAGUCCGAGGCGGAGCGCCGGCGCGUCCGCAACGAACGCGCAUCGCGGCGACGCGAUCGGAUGCGCAAGCUGGACGAAGUCCUAGGCGAUGAGACUGAACGCCAACACCGCGAGCAACAGGAAGAAGAGCGCCAUAUGGCCAGUGGGGUUUGGGGGGCUCUGCACGGUCUCUCGGCUCGACAACAGAUGAUAACGCCGUGGUUUGUUCUGAUGACGCUGUUGACGGUGCUGCAGAUGCUGCGAAUGAAUUACUUCAUUGCGACGGUCCGAACGCAGUACGAGUAUAUGCUGGGAUCAGUCCACCUCGCGGACCGUAUUAACCGAUUUUUCGACGUCGCUCUACCGGCCGGUGGCGUACUAUCUACGCCAUUUAUUGGUCUUCUGCUGGACCGCCUGAGCGUCCCUGAGAUUCUGGCAUGUAUCGUCGUUCUGACGACGGCCAUCGGCGUUUUAAACUCCGUCCCCACCAUGUGGACGGGGUACUUGACUGUUGUCCUGUUUGUGCUGGUCCGACCGCUCUACUACUCUGCCAUGUCAGACUAUGCGACCAAAGUAUUUGGAUUUGCCACCUUUGGCCGCGUCUACGGGACGAUCAUCUGCGUCUCCGGGCUUGUGAACUUCUCCCAGUACGGUCUGGACUCCCUGACGCACGGUCCCUUUGCGGGGAAUCCGAUGCCAAUCAACAUCUUCUUUGCGACCGCGGGGUUUGUCAUCGGAACGGCACUCGUGGUGUACGUAGCCGUGGCCGGGCACAAGCUGAAGGCGCAAGAGCUGGCCCUUGCUCAAAAUGAAGAAUGGAGGCGAUUGAUUCCGGAAGAGGACGAAUACGAGGACUAAGCUGGGAUUGGUGGGGAGAGAUUAUAUUGCUAGGCGCCUGGAUAGCUGUAUAUUAGAUGAUUGAUUGGUUCCAACCUAAUAUUCU